UGCAUAACGCAUUGCAUGUCUUCCUAAUAGUUCAUUCCUUUCUACUUUUCCGCGCAAUUCUCCUUUUUCCUUCGAUUCUCUCAAACCUAUUCCCCUCUUCCUUCGCGAAUGGCGUCCUUCGAUGAGGCUCCUCCCGGCGUUGCCCAGUCCGGCGACAAAAUCUUCAGGACUAAAUGCGCUCAGUGUCACACCGUCGAAAAAGGUGCCGGUCACAAGCAAGGUCCCAAUCUGAAUGGGUUGUUUGGAAGGCAGUCAGGCACUACUCCCGGAUAUUCCUACUCUGCAGCUAAUAAGAACAUGGCCGUAACUUGGGAAGAAAAGACACUAUACGAUUAUUUACUUAACCCCAAAAAGUAUAUUCCAGGGACUAAGAUGGUAUUUCCUGGUCUCAAGAAGCCCCAGGAACGUGCUGAUCUUAUUGCAUAUCUGAAACAAGCCACUGCACAGUGAUUAUACGUUUUCGUUCAUUCAAUUUUGCAGUGUGUUUUCAAAGUUCGGGAGAUUUAAUUUUCGGACGUUUAGUUUUUGCAGGAAGUGCCGUAUCUUUGGCAAAUAAUGUAGGCUACAUUGGUCUGCAAUGCUAUUUUGUUCAUUUCGCAUUGCUUUUAGAAUAGCAGCCGAGCAUAGGCUGGUGUAACAAAUUAUCUCUUGAAAAUUGAAACAUUCUUUUCUUCAGCAUUUUAGUUAAUUGAGCCACAGCUCAUUAUUGUGCUUCGCUGAAUUCAUUAAUUAUUUUACCGUUGUACUUGA